GAGUAUUACUUUUCUUUUUCCAGUGAUACAUUAGUAAAGAACUCACUAAUCAAUAUAUUUUCUUCUUCUGAAACCGACUCAUUGCUUUGGUUUGUUAGUUACUUUGACCUGAUAACUGUAUAAUCCAAUAUAUACAUAUAUAUACGCUUACUGUCCGUAUACAGUUCUCAGUUUGCUAUUUCACCUACUAUGCCUCACAUAAAACGAUCGGAUAUAACUGUUGUACGAUGUUACAUGCAUGAUGAUAUGCAAAAGUAUGCCAUAAAAGUAUUGCACAAAGCUAUGAAUCGUUUUACAGAAGAACGAGAAGUUGCAUCAUAUGUUAAAUCUCGUUUCGAUUCACGUCAUCGUACACACUGGCAUUGUAUUGUUGGUAAACAUUUUGACUGUUCUGUAGCUUUUGAAACAUCUCGGUGUAUUCUUUUACGUGUUGAUGAAAUGCUAGUUUUGUUAUUUAAAUAUGGAUAACAUAAAUCAUGAAAAUGUCCUUUUUCUUCUUUUGUACAUGUGAGAUAUAUAUAUAUUUACUAAACAUAAAAAGUUUAUCUUUACAA